AUGAUAUCAACCACGAGCUCACCCACAACCACAUUAGGAGAACACGCAUCUCUCAACGCCAUCCACUCCAUCGUGCCUACCCUCUGUCCUAAGUCAUACGCGCAUGGACCUUUAGAAUCCGGAGGAUUUUUUCUAGCCACGGAUUUCUUGAAUCUUAAUCCGCGAGAUGGAAAGCCUGGAUCGGGAGAGUCUUUGGCGAAGAAACUGGCAAAGUUGCAUAGCACACCGGCACCGAUUCCAGAGGGAUAUGAGGAACCUCAAUUUGGAUUUCCUGUUACGACGUGUUGUGGGGAGACGCCGCAGGAUAAUAUGUUUAAGGUGAGUUGGGCGGAGUUUUAUGGGGAGAAUAGGUUGAGGAGUAUAGUUAAGAAAGCGGAGGCGAGCAAUGGUGCAGAUGGGGAGUUGAGGAAGUUGGUGGAUGAGCUGGUGGAGACUGUGGUUCCGAGAUUGUUAGGGGAUGAACAUUUGAAGGGUAGGGAUGGAGAGAAAAUCAAACCGGUGGUUGUGCAUGGAGAUUUGUGGAGUGGGAAUCAUGGUCGAGGGAGGAUUGGGGAUGGAGGGGUUGAAGAGGUGGUUUUUGAUCCUAGUUCUUGUUUUGCUCAUGCGGAGUUUGAGGCGGGGAUUAUGGGCAUGUUUGGUGGGUUUGGCGAGGGGUUUUGGAGGGAAUAUCAUGGGGUUAGGCCGAAGGAUGAGCCGGUGGAGGAAUGGGGAGAUAGGUGUUUGUUGUAUGAAUUGUAUCCUCAUUUAAAUCACUAUGCGAUGUUUGGAGGUGGGUAUAAAGGCGGUGCUGUGAGUAUCAUGAGGAAGCUUCUGAAGAAGUACGGAAAGGAAACUUGA